AAUGAACAAAAUUAAUAAUAUACUAAAUUUUAAGUUAAAAAAUGUUCUUAUUUUGGAAAUUAACGAAUAAUAAAGAUAUCAAAAAAUAAUUUAAAAAAUAAAAAUGAAUGAGACAGGUCAAAUAAUCACAAUAUUCAUAGGCCAAUGUGGUGUACAAAUAGGAAAUGCAUGUUGGGAAUUAUUCUGCCUUGAACAUGGAAUUAUGUCAGACGGUUAUAUGAGUGAUAAUUAUUAUACCGAUGAUAAUUCCUAUCAUUCUUUCUUCACACCAACCCAAUCAGGAAAAUUUACUCCACGUACAUUGAUGAUCGAUUCUGAGCCAACAGUGAUCGAUGAAAUACGUAUUGGCCCUUAUAAAUGUUUGUAUGAUCCUACUGUUUUAAUCACUGGUAAAGAAGAUGCUGCAAAUAAUUUUGCUCGAGGAUAUUAUCGAACUAGUGAAGAAAUUAUUGAACUUGUUUUGAAUGGUAUCCGAGGAGUUAGUGAAUCUUGUUCAAAUUUACUUGGAUUUUUAAUUUUUCGGUCUUCUGGUGGAGGAACAGGUAGUGGAUUUACAACAUCAAUGUUGGAAAGAUUAGAAACUGAUUUCGGUAAAGUGUCAAAAUUUAAUUUCACUAUUUACCCAGCACCAAAUAUUUCAACAGCAGUGGUUGAACCUUAUAAUAGUGUGCUUACUAUUCAUAGGACUAUAAAAUAUGAAGAUUGUUGUUUUAUUAUUGAUAAUGAAGCACUUUAUGAUAUUUGUACAAGAAAUUUAGAUAUUAAUCGUCCAACUUAUACAAAUCUGAAUCGAUUAAAAGCUCAAAUUGUUUCGGGAUUAACUACAUCCUUACGUUUUGAAGGAUCAUUUAAUGUAGGAUUAGAUGAAUUGCGAACAAAUUUGGUUCCUUAUCCUCGAUUACAUUUUCCACUCAUCACACAUUCUCCUAUAUUAACUCCUCAAAAAUUAAUGAAUCAGUUAAUUACAGUUUCUAGUAUCACAAAUGAGUGCUUCAGAUCAACUAAUCAAAUGGUAAAAUGUGAUCCAAGAAAAGGAUCAUACAUAAGUUGUUGUAUGCUUUAUCGUGGAAAUGUUUCACCAAGUGAUGUCAACAGUACUAUCAGCUCCUUGAAAAAUAAUAAAACUAUUAAAUUUGUCAAGUGGAAUUUAACAGCUUUUAAAAUAGGAAUCAGUUAUCAACCUUCAAUAGCAGUUCCAGAUAGUGAUUUAGGAAAAGCAGAUAAAUCUAUAACUAUGUUGUCUAAUAAUACAAUCAUUCAUGAAGCUUGGGUUCGACUUUUAGAAAAAUUCGAUUUGAUGUUUCAAAGAAAGUCAUUUGUGCAUCAUUAUUUAAAUGAAGGUUUGGAAGAAAGUGAGUUUGUAAAUGCUAAGGAAAAUAUUAGCAGUCUUAUAGAUGAUUAUAAAAAUGCAGAAAAUGAUUAUACAAUUUAAAUAAUUAUUUUAAUUUCUUCCCAUUCUAUAUUUAACUUACUAUUGACAUUAAACAAAUCGAAAGUACUUGAUAGUCCAACUGUAA